AUGAGGCCCACAUCGAUACUCACGCUCGCAGCACUCCUUGAACUGGCAUCUGCUCGAGCUCAGGAGGUCCCCGCUCCGCCUGUGCCUCAGAUCCUCCCGGCUCCCUUGACCACGUCGACGACGACCAUCACGGUGAUCGAAGGAACUCCACAGCCACCCGGAAACUCACCCCCUCCCCCCCCUCCCCCUCCUCCUGCUCCCCCCUCUUCAGCACCUACAGGAUCGCCGCCCACCAACGGCGCAACAUGUGUUUGCGGUGCCACCUACUGCGGAAAGGUCCUCAGAGGCUCCCAGGGCUACACCCAGGACCAGGUAUCCAAAGGCUACUGCUCCAGCCCCGGCAUCGACUGCGCCAGCGCCCAGCCCGACUCAAAUCGCCUCGACGACUCGCUCUUCGUCUGCCUCUGCGAGUCCUUCGACCAGCCCACCGGCACAGACAUUGAACUCCUGUGCCCCUGCAACGGCCGCUGCAAGAACGACGCCCCCGACUUUAUCGGCCGCUGCGAGACGCCCUGCAACCUCAACUGCGCACCCGCACCGGCCGGCAGCGCAGGUCAGCCGCAGCCCGGGCCGGAACCAGCCCCUGAACCAGCACCCGGUAACGCCCCGGUACCCCAGCCAGCCGGCGAGCCCGUGCCCGUUCCUGCGGUUCCCGCGCCUCUUCCUGACACGGCUCCUCCAUCCGCGCCUCCCGCCCCGGCUGCAUCAGCACCUGCGGCCCCUGCGGCGCCAGCGCCUCCUGAUGCUGGCGCCGCGGGCUCCUCGCCUCCUCCUGUGCGGAACAACUUCCGCCACUUCAUGUGGUGA